AUGGCUCAAGUUACUGGCCUUGAUCCUGAGGCCUCUGUCACGUCGGGCAAUGGCGCUUCCUAUCCUCGCACAGUCCCUCCAGCUUUUACUUCUCCCUCUGCAUCUGCUUUUGCAUCUGCAUCUGGCUCCAAGAGGCUGAACCGACGUUCGUACCAAAACCUACCGCGGUCAAGCUCCCAGUUUCAAACACAAGCACGUACCCGGCCCAGGGCAAAGUCUGCAUCAAACUUGUCUGGCCGUCCCAUCCAGGAGCAGGAGCAAGAACAGGACGAGGACAAGGAACAGUGUUUACAAUUUCACGACGACACUUUUAUCGGCCAACAGGACGACGACGGCGAAUCGCAUGAUGGCAUUGCUGAGCUCAUUGACUUCUUGAGGAACAACAGCCCACCAUCUGGCAACUUCAUGUCUAUCCCUGAUGAUAUCUCUCCCGAAGACAGGGGGCGAUGGUACAGGUUACGAAAGCUGGGCAAGAGAAGCAAAUCGCUUUCCAAGUGGCCUCAAACAAUUCGCCUCCCAGACUCGGCUGUCUCAGGCACUACGAUUGGGGGACACAGGCACAUUGCAAUUUCUAUCCCAUUAGACGCCUCGCCAUUUGGGCAAACACCUAGGUCUCAAUAUCCUGUUUAUCAGCAACGGAAUAUUAGACCCCUCAGUUCCCAGUACGCUCCUACAAGGGCGGUCUUAAACGACAAGGGUGUCGUUACGGUGCUACGUACUGUCAAGGAGGAUAGAGAAACAAGUCCUUCAGUGAGCCCAGCAAACUCUCAGCUUCUCCUACCCUCAGUACCCAAAAGAUCUCCAAAUACCAUGGUCGAGGGACAAUAUCACCCGAGGGCUAUUAAUAGCAGCAACCAGAACAGGGCACCGGAGCAAUUGAACCUUCUCGCAACGCCUCCGCCAAGGGUCGUGUCUCCGGACCAAGUCAGACAAGCUAAUGAGCAGUCCCGAGAAUUUCAGAACCAUGACCGGGGGAACUCAUCUGCAUCGAACCCGGUCCAGCAUGAACGAGUUCCCUCACGAAACUCCAGCUCGGCCGGGGGUCGCUUCGUGCAUCUCGGCGACCUAUCAAUUGAUACCAUGAUGUCUCAGCCAGUCACAAAUGAGAUCAAUCCAGAAUCUACUUCAUCUGCUCGCCCCGUCUCCCGCGACGGAUCUUAUCAACACUCACUCUCCAAAAGCAUCAUGACUACAAGCGACAAUGACCCUGUAGUUGCAGAGGCUAGGCCUGUAGAGGCCAGAUCUGUUGCAGCUAGAGAGUCGCGCAUACAGUCACCAGCCAAACAGACUAGCGAGCCUGAUGUUACUGUUGUUACCAAAAGCCCGCUGCGCACGUCUCGCAACUAUUGCAAAAACCAAAGUGGCAGAGAAACCUCCACGUCCUCAACCAAGUCACCACAAAAUCGUCGCGACAAAGUUAAAGAUAAGAAAAAGAGGGAUAUGGAAGCUGCUUCCGCGAAGCGACGUAGCAUGGUCCUUAAUACGUCAGGGCCAAAGCAGGAAUCUGACCAAGAUACCAUUAAGGAAGCAUCGGAGCAUGACACGGAUGAGCCGCCACCUGUUCCCCUCAGGUCACCUCAACGACAGAGUAUGUGCCCCAUCAUGGUCGUCGCAAAUGUCAAGCCAUCGCCUCUUCCGUCAACUACCAUCGACAUGUCGCCUGAGAAAAGGGGUAGCGCAGAUUCAGAAACGAUCAAACCUCUCUCAAGGCCCAAACCGGUUGGAGUCACCUUCCGGACCGAUGAAUAUACGGCAACUCGACAGAUUUCACCAUCUCCCACUUCUUACAUGAAUGGGUCUCCAACACCGCCUCAGUCAGCUCGAUCAUCACCCACCCACAGGCAAGUGUCUCAAGAUCGAACAUCUCUCUCUCGACGCCGUGAAUGGAACGCUGCGCGAGACAACGAGCGCAAACGCAAAGAAGCGGCAUCAAGCAUUAGCCCUCAGCCCAGAGCAAGGAAAGCAGCCACUACAAGAGACGAGAAUGAUGAGAAGGCAGCCGGUAUGGAAAAGGAGGUUCUUCGACGAUACGAGGCAUACAGGGAGUACCGCAUCAGGGAGAUGGAGCGCCGUGUCCGUCGACUUGAACGAAACGGAGACGUAUGGUUGCGGGCCCUAGUGCCAGUACUGGACAACCUCAACCGUACACUCGCCAACUCAAACGAUGACAAACCCAGCAAAGCACAGGGCUGGGUCUCUGAUGAAGACCUGUCGCAGUUGGAAAAGCCAACCCCGAUUCGGCCAUCGAGUCGAGGCCGGAUGAUGACCAGGACAGGCACAUCUGAGCGGGAAUUUCUGGAGCAGCUUGUGAGAACGCGCGAAGAGCUGGAAGCUGGAAGCACCAGUGAUGACAUGAGUGGAUUUGACACCAUCGAACCUCUCAUGAGGGAAUUGGCUGGACGAUCUCGACUCAGCUUUGAAGCACGAUCACUGGGAAUGGAUGACGAGGGGCUACUACAGUCGCUUUCCUAG